GGCGGGAUUUGGUCGUCGAUAAGAGUCUGGUUGCGGACGGAUAGGGGUGGGGAUUUAUUAGCGUGGUGGUCGUUGAGCGUGCGAGUGGAGGUCGGGUGUAGGGACCAAGUCCCAUCGAGACCGACGAGAUGGGUGCCAAGACAAAGAAGAGCACCAUCAAGUUUCAAAAGAACCGCCUCAAGGAUGUCAUCGGCGACCGGCGGCGUAACCAGCAGAAGCGUGCCUACAAUGCCAAGGUCAACCAGGAUCGCAAGGAGAAACAUCUUGAACGCCGCGCCGAGCGGACGCAAGGUGGUCCACGUCCUCAGGCUGGUCGUGGAUUGACGGAUGCCCGGCCUUUGGCUGACAUGGACUUUUCCCAGUUUAUGGAGAGCGGCUUGGAAGACCUCUUGGAGGAGCGCACCUCGUCAUCUGGCCAGCAGGACCAGGAGUUUGAAAUGGCUGAUGACCACAGCGAUGCUGGUAGCCAAGGCUCUGGUGAGAGCCAGGACGAGCUCUCUGCCAACGAGGAUAGCGACGACGACAAUGAACAGGCCGAUGCCAAUGAGGAUUCGGAUGACGAGGAGGACGAGGAGGCCAAUGAUCGGGCCUUGGCCGCACUCGACCGGGCCGGCGAAGACGACGAAGAAGAGGCUGAUGACGACACGGCCGAUGGUGCCGAUGACGAUGACGAAGAGGGGGAGGAUGCAGAUGAUGCUGGCUUGGAUAAGCUUGAGGAUGAGGUCAAGCAGCACCGGGCGCAACUGCAGCGCCUCAAAGAGACGCAGCCCGAGUUUUUUGACUUUUUGGACAGCGAAGAUCAAAACCUCCUCAAUUUUGGUGAGGACGACGAUGAAGACGAUGAAGAGGCGAUGGAUGAUGAGGCUGAGCCUCUGGAUGAUAGCGACGAGGAGGGCUCAUCCUCGAAAAAGUCCAAGUCCGGGCGCUCACUUGCGGACCGCGAAACCCUCACGGUCAAGAAAAUCCGUGCCUGGGGCAAGCUCUUGAAAACGAAACCCGCUGGAGCCCUGAAGCACGUGAUUCAAGGCUUCCUUGCAGCUGCGUAUGGCUUUGAGGCCGACAACGCCGACGCCGACACGAAGGGUCCCCCUGUCACUCUCCGUUACACCAUCAGCUCGAGCCGCGCCUACAGCGAAAUGGUCCAGCUUGCGCUCGCUGAGGUCCCGCGCAUGCUCGAUCGCCUCCUGCCCGCCAAGGGCAAAGCCCAACACCGUGUGCCGGCGCAGCGCAAGAACUGGCGCCUCGUCAGAUCACAUGUCAAGUACUUUUGCCAAGGCAUUCUGCACUUGUUGCCUCAGUCGCAAGACCAUGCCGCUCUCGGCGCCAUUCUCCAGAUGCUGGUGCCCUUCAUGCACUACAUUGCCUGUUUUCCCAAGCUCGCCCGCCAGCUGCUAAAGCAGUUCUUCCCGCUCUUCACGGCUGGUAACGAAAAGCUGACAGUGGUCACUUUUCUCUGCAUGCGUGCCCUCAUCCUGGUAUCGGAUGACAGCUUUAUGGAAAUUGCGCUCAAGGGCGUGUACUUGAGCUUUGUCAAGUCGGCGCGCUUUACCACCGUCAUUUCCCUGCCCAAAAUCUCGCUCAUGCGCAAUGCCGUUUGUGAGCUCUACACACUCAAUACACAACUGGCGUACAAGCACGCCUUUGUGUACAUUCGCCAGCUGGCCGUGCAUCUUCGCAAUGCCAUUGUGCACAAGAAACGUGAAAAUCUGCAGCAAGUGUACUGCUGGCCUUUUGUGCACUGCCUCCGCCUGUGGGCCCAGGUGCUGGGUCGGCACCUGGAAGACCUGGCGCCUCAGCAGCGUCAGGACAACAUCAUGUCCUCCCUGGUCUAUCCUUUGGUCCAAGUGACGCUGGGUGUCGUACACCUGAUUCCGACUUCCCGCUACUUUCCCUUGCGCUUCCAUUGCCUCAAAACCCUCAACCUGCUGUCAGAGUGGUCGGGCGUGUUUGUGCCCGUGGCUUUUGCAGCCAUGGACGUUUUGGAGUCUUCCGACAUGGGCCGCAAGCCCAAGCCUUCGACGGGUCGGCCCCUGAACAUGGAUGUGCUCCUCAAGGUCUCAAAGACCAAUCUUGGCACGCAACAGUUUCAGAAGGCUGUGGUCGAGCAGAUGCAAGAGGUACUCUUGGACUUUUUCGCUAUUCACGCAACCAAGAUCGGAUUUCCAGAGCUGAUUGUGCCCUGCCAGGUGGCGCUCAAGCGAUGCAUGAAAAAAGCUCGCAAUGGCGAAGUACGCCAGACCCUGAGCCAACUCGUCAGCAAGCUUGAGGAGAACAAGGCCUGGGUCACUCGCUCCCGUCAAAAUGUUACGUUCAGCCCCAAGGACACACAACAAAUUUUGACGCUGGAGCAGCAGCUUCGCUCCUCCAAUGGCAGCCCCCUGCUCAAGUACCGCACGUCUUGGCAAAAGAUCGUCCAGCAACGCCGACAGCUUUUGCAGCAACAGGCAGAGCAGCGCUAUUUGCAAUCGGACGAGCCGGUCGUCACCAAAAAGGGUGCAGCUGGCAAAGAAGCGGCAGGGGCCGACAAGAAAGCUGCUCGUGCUAAACGUGCGGCGGCAGAUGCCCCCGCUUUAGCUCGCGAACUCCCCACGAAAAAGAGCAAGCAGGAGUUGCGGGAGGACAUUGACAACAUGUCAGACGAUGAUGAUAUCGAGGAGGAUGUCGUUGGUGAGGAUCUGUCGUGGAUGAACGAGUAGAUGCCUAACUCUUCUUGCUCAAGCCAGCCUGAGCGAGUUCCGUGGGCAUCAUGAUGGUGGUUUGAUUGUCGGGUGGUCGUGUCAGACAUGAUGACACGAUUUAGGCCCAUGUUUCUUUUUUUUUUCUGGCUUCCUUGCAUGCUUGUUUUGGGGAAUUUGGCUGUGCCGUUUUGUGUCCCCGCUCCUCCCCUAUGUCUCUUCUCGUCCUUCUUCAGUUUCGACGAAAUCUAGCAACAACAUUC